AUGUCUUUCACGAUCACCUCUGCGAUCAAGUUGCCCUCGGGACACUCCAUCCCCCGUCUCGGUCUAGGCGUCUACCAGAACGUCGACGAGUGCUACACGGCGAGUUUGGCCGCACUCAAGCAUGGCUACCGUCACAUCGAUACCGCGGAAAUGUAUGGUAACGAGAAGGAGGUCGGACAGGCCGUUCGCGACAGCGGUAUCAAGCGAGAGGAGAUAUACAUCACAUCUAAGGUUCCCCCGAACUCUCCUGAUGCCGCAGUGAGCGUAAAGAACUCGGCUGAGAAGCUCAACCUUGGGUACAUCGAUCUAUAUCUGAUCCACAGUGCUCACGGUGGCAAGGAGCACCGUCUUCAGUUCUGGAAGGCCCUCAUCGAUGGUAAGAAGGCGGGUCUUCUGCGCGACAUCGGUGUGUCGAACUAUAACAUCAAGCACCUCGAAGAGAUUCGUGAGGCUGGUCUUGAGAUGCCCGCCGUUAACCAGAUCGAGCUUCACCCCCUCGACCAGCAGAAGCCCAUCGUAGACUACUGCGUGAAGAACAACAUCGUCGUCGAGGCAUACUGCCCACUUGUUCGUGGCGCCUUCGACAACCCCACGCUCCAAGAAGUAUCCAAGAAGGUCGGCAAGUCGCCCGCUCAGGUCCUGGUACGCUGGUCGCUACAGAGGGACUUCAUUCCGCUCCCGAAGUCGGCCAACCCGCAGCGUAUCGUUCAUAACGCGGAGGUCUUCGACUUCAACCUGGCCGAGGAGGACAUGGCCGCUCUCGACGGCCUCGACAAGGGCGACGCGGGCGCGAUCUCAUGGAACCCUAUCCACGAGGAUUAG